AUGUGUCGCACUGCUUGAAGAUACGACUUUGGUUCGUGAUGACGCCAAAUUCCUUGCCAAGCGCGUUCGGCGCUUGUCUUGGUUCUCAGUUAGUCAUGAUGUGUUGGAAGCUGGUUUAGUUGGCGAAGUGUAUAGAGGCGGAAGCGGAGCUUCUCCAGCUUGCGAAGUCUCUGAGACUUCGAAGCAUGGAGUUGCUGCGUACGAAAACUCAUGUGAUCGCGAUCGACGGGAGUCAUUCCCUUUGGAUUCCGAGGGAUGGCUCGUCACCGUUUGUUUCACCUGCCUCAAAGUUAGGAUCUCUCGUGGGUGACGUCGAAUGCCUUGGACUGAUCUAUGCCAUUCUUGGGAGGCUCAGUUUACCAAUUAGCAACGAACAGUAUUUGUUCGUGAUAGCUGAUAAAGCAGAUGUGGGGAAAGUUCCGGGAGUAGGUCCUGUCAGGAAAAUUACAAGAGUCGUUCCCAUUGUCUUAUCUUCUUGGCAGUCCACGGAAGUACCGGAAGUUCUGGACAUUCCUGAUGCUUUGCUACCAUGUCCGAAACACAAAAAGGCUGGAAAAGCCGAAUCCGCUUUAAAAGGAAUUUUGGAUGUCUCCCCGAAGUCUGCCUCCGGCGCAUUACAGUUCACGAUUGGUGCCCUGAAAACUGCGACGUCUACGAUCAAAUCUGCUACAAAUCAAGCAAAAGAGCAAAUCAAACUUGGAACUUCAGAAUCUCGUGCAAUAAACAAAGAGCGUCUCCAAAGGCGUGUCUAUGAAGAAGUUGUGAAACUACUCAAUGAACCGGAUUCAUUCUACUUUUCGACUUCGGGAAAUAUCAGUCAAACCGUUCAAAACAAACUGGGCAACAAGGUACGGCUCCCAGAUGACCCAGAACCCGAAAAAUGCAGGGAACCUCUGAACUGGCGACAUUUUGAGGACAGAUUUUUCUGGAACAAGCACAUGCUGAAGGAUUUUUUGGCGUUGAGCAACAGUGACAAAAAUAAUGCGGAUAGGUGGAUCACACCCGUUAUGAUGGGUUACGUUGAAGUGAAAAAGUGUCGUCACGAUGCCCCCAAUAAUCGGGCGGACGAAAUGACUCUUGCGUUGGUUUCUCGUCGUUCGAGAUUCCGAGCAGGAACGCGGUAUCGUUCUCGCGGUGUCGAUGACAAUGGCUACGUUAGUAAUUACGUGGAAACCGAGCAAAUUCUCGGUUUUGGACAACAUGUGAUGGCCGUGACGAUCGUUCGUGGAUCCAUUCCGAUCUAUUGGAGUCAGCCCGGAGCCAAGUACCGUCCCCCACCUAGACUCGAUCGUGGAUUCAAAGAAUGUCAAGAGGCAUUCAGGAAGCAUAUAGAUCGAGAACUUGAGCUUUACAACCAUGUGAGCAUCAUUAACUUAGUUCAAAAGGAAGGAUCGGAGAGUGUAUUGAGUCAAGCUUACGAGAAACACCUCGUGGAAUACGAUUCUCGGGACUUGGAUUACAUACCUUUCGAUUUUCAUCAAUACUGCCGAGGACUGAAAUUCCACAAUGUCGGCAUAUUGAUCAAGUCAGUUGAAGAGAUCAUCAGGGAGAUUGGAUUUUGUUGGGCCGACAAACAAGGUUUAAUCUGCAAGCAAAACGGCGUUUUCAGAGUGAAUUGCGUUGAUUGUCUCGAUCGUACGAAUGUUGUUCAGGCUGCGCUUGGUCGGGCCGUUUUCGAAUGGCAAUUGAACAAACUAGGUCUCUUGGGACCAGGAAUGCGACUGAGUCUUGGAAUCCAACAAACUCAUCAGGUCUUAUGGGCCAACAAUGGAGAUAUUAUUUCUCGCCAGUACACUGGAACCAAAGCUUUAAAGGGAGAUUACACUCGAACUGGAGAAAGGAAAUUUGCCGGUUUGAUGAAGGACGGAAUGAACUCGGCGAAUCGGUAUUAUUUGGGGCAAUUCCGCGAUGCUUAUCGACAAGGAGCUUUCAACCUGAUGCAAGGUGCGGAAGAUGCCCUCAUUACUUCACUAAUGGCGGAAGAUCACAGUAUAGGAGGAAAGAAUGUUCUGAGUCCCAGUUGCCAAAGGAGGUUUGCCAGUGGUAAUUCGGAUGAUGAUCUUUCGCCUGGAUCAAGUGGACCAUUAACAUCCGAUGAAGUUAUCGAGCGAGUGAAAGCGUUGUUAGUUGAAUGCCUCGCUGAAUUGGUUCCAGACCUUGCAACCGUACUGGGAGCUUGGGGCCUCAUUGAUGCCGAUCCUGUCACCGGCGAUCCAAGCGAACAAGACGUGGAUUGUAUUCUGAUUUUGACGCAAAACUCGUACAUCGUAGCCAUGUAUGACGAGACCCUGGAGCAAAUGGAAGAUUACAUAGCUGUGAACUUGUGUGAUAUGACAGCUAUUGAAAUCGGAUUAGAGCAGAUGUCUUCGCCGUCUCCGAAGUUCACGAAUUUUUUGUCUGGGAAGAAGGAUUCUAGUAAUUCUACUCAAAACGACAGCCAACCAUAUCUGAGACAUACUGUCUUGAGACUGAGUUACAAGUUUCGUGGAGAAUCCGGAUUCUAUCAUCAGUUCCGAGCUUCGAAUUUUCGCUUCUUCAAUAAUGUGCCGCUUCUCAUGAAAUCGGAGGAGGAGAAAAUUGAAUCGUUGCGUGCGAUAGGGGAAACGAUUGCGACAGCCGCGAACACUUUUUCCGUCCGCAACAGUGAGAUAAGAGUUAAGGAGCAUCGAGGUCCAUUGGAUUCGGCGAGAAGUCGUUUAGUGAAAAAUUCAUCGCGGAAAGCCUCAGUUUCCUUGAAUUUUUUGUCAAGCUUCGACGUCGGUUUAUCGCGGUUGUCAGAUUCCAAUGACCAAGCGUCAUCUUCUUCAUCCUCACCGUUCAAGUCAACUUUCGGAAGAAUCGGUGCAAAAGCAUUGAAUAACGUUAGCUCCAGUUUCGCAAAGUUGAGCCCCGUCUCUGCGAUUCAUCGAUCCAUUAGGAAGGCGCAACGAAGUCCUCUGAAUGCCGAUCGACGAGUGAGGAAAUCUCAAAUUUAUCAGAAGAAAGUUUACGGCAGUCAAGCGGGAGGUAUGGAACCUGCAGAUGCUUUGUCAGUUCCGACAAUGGCGACUUCGGCGUCUUUCUCGGCCAGCGACGCGGAUCCCAACACGGUAGUCAGUGACGAUUUUGUUUCUUCCUGUGGAAUUUUAUCCGUGCUGGAUCAUCAACAGCAGAAAACCAUGCUAACGGAGUCUAACAAUAUGAGAAAAGAGCAAGCGACGAGUUCUCGUUCUCUGAAUGAAGUUGAUAGACUGGCAACUAGCGGAAACCGGUCCUUACUCAAUCUGAAACUCGGCAACGAAAACACCGUGAAGCAGUCGAGAAGUGAUACGUGUAUCGCGAAAAACGAAGCCUCACCCAUCAGCCCGAGUGCAUUUAUCUUGUCUGGGAUUGCCAAGGGUGUGCAAUCGAUCGGCGGGAAUUUUCACGGAAAAAGGAGAGAUGUUAAUCUUGUCGAGGACAGAGCGUUUCUUCAGAAAAAAAUGGCGUGCAAAUCGAGGUUUAUUGAAAUCGGGAGGACCGAACCGUCUGCCAUGUGUGAUCGUGCGGACGUGGAUCUGCACAACGAAGGUCACCGUAGGCCUGCGUUGAGAAAUGCGCUGAAAACGGGUGAGAUCGAGCAUAUCUCGGAGUUGUCCGAAUCGUUUGGAAAGUUGCUCAUCAGUGAAAUUUUCUCGGACGUUGUGCUCAUUGUGGGAGAUGAGAGAUUCCCAGUGCAUCGGACGGUCAUGGCCGCGAGAAGCCCUUAUUUUCGAGCGUUAUUUUUUGGUGGCAUGAAGGAGUCCCUCGAAUCUGAAGUGGUGCUAAAUGACCCACCGGUUGUUGCCUUCAAAGCUAUUUUGGCAUACAUCUACUCUGGGAAGCUCAAGUUCUCUGACAUGUCGGAGGAGUCCAUUCUAGACACACUGUCCCUUGCUCAUCAAUACGAGUUUCCAUCGUUGGAAGUGUCCAUUGCACAAUACCUGCAAGCUCUGUUGACAUUGUUGAAAGUCGUUCGUCCGACUGGCCUGAUCUCCGCUGACGAGUUGCUUGACGCUCUCGAUGCGCGCACGAAGGAUAAUUCGCCAGGACCUGACGACUUGAACUAUCGUGGCUUGCUCGUUUUGGAUGAAAACCUUUUAACGAACCGCCACGGGGCGGAAGUGACUGUCGGCGAAUUACCACAGUAUCUCUUGGACGGGGAUACGGAUACUUUUGACACGGAGCGCGGCUUCACAAGACACGCCAUUGAAGAUAAUCGAUCUCGAAACCUGCGCGGGGAAAGCUAUCAACGUCUCUGGUCGACCGGAAAUAUUUGUUCACAGCAACCACAAAGCUCAGGAGGAAUAGUGGUACGUCUGGGCAAGCCGUCGAUCUUGAAUCACAUCCGCAUGUUACUGUGGGAUAGAGAUUCGCGAUCAUAUUCCUACUACAUCGAGGGUUCCGUCGAUGAGAAUUCUUGGUUCAAGUUGGUGGAUCAUACCAAAGUCCUCUGUCGAUCGUGGCAAGAAAUUCGAUUUCCUCAGCGAGUUAUCAAGUACAUUCGCCUCGUCGGAACUCACAACACCAAUAACAAGGUCUUUCACGUGGUUGCUUUGGAAGCCUAUUACUCGACGAAAGUUGUCAAGAUGCAGGAUGGUUACAUUGUUCCCGAACACAAUGUAGCGUCAUCGCAACUCGGCGCAGUUGUUAUCGAAGGAGUGAGCAGGAGCCGAGACACUUUACUCAACGGGAACACGCAUUCGUAUGAUUGGGAUAACGGAUACACUUGCCAUCAACUCGGCGGGAUGCCGAUUGUCGUCCAACUCUCCCAACCGUAUUGGAUUGGUUCCAUGCGCCUGCUGCUGUGGGAUUGCGAUGACAGAAGCUAUUCGUAUCACAUCGAAACUAGUCUCAACAACAAGGACUGGGAAAUGGCAGUGAACAAAGACAGGGACUUGUGCAGAUCGUGGCAAGAAUUGGUGUUGAGCCAGCCGCGAGCAGCUGCGUUCAUUAGGAUCGUUGGAGUGCGGAAUACGGCGAAUGAAGUGUUCCAUUGCGUCCAUUUUGAGUGCCCGUCUGUUCAGGAUCCGAACGAGAGAUUGCAGAGCACAGGGCCAGCGAAAACGAGGCUUUUGUUUUAUUUCAUGGACCGCAACCCGCGCGAAGAAACCUACCAGCCGUCGCCGUCUUCCUCAUCUUCCUCGGCACUCGAUUCGCAUGCGGGGAACAAGCGGGGUUUCAAAGCCGUCGGCCCGGAAUCUUUGAGUUCUUGCGGCUCCAAGGGUUCCCACUCGCCGUCGAAUAGUGUGUGCUCAAGCUCGACGUCAGUGUCGGAGCCACCGUUGGGACUGAACGCGAGCACGCUGACGUGCUCUGCGUUGAUGACGGAGUCGCGCACUUCGAGGGCCGACAGCGUCGUGCUUUUGCCCGGAGAACGAAUCCAGAGUUCCGCGAGGGAUGUCACCUAUGUGUGUCCUUACAAUGGGCCUUUGAGAGGCACUCUUGGCGUCACCAACUACAGGUUCUUCUUCCGCGGGUUGGAACGAGAUGCACCAUUGACUCUUGACGUACCACUUGGACUAGUGACAUGGGUUCAGAAGUUGGGGAAACUGGGGAACAAAGUUGAACACGUAUUUGGAGUGGACGUGCAUCUUUCUGAUCUUCGGCACGUCCGUUUUGUAUACCUGCAAGACACUGCCUCGAGACGAACAGUGUUUGAACACAUUCAGUACUAUGCUUUUCCUGCGACGCAAAAAAUCAAUUAUUUUGCUUUUGAUUACCGCGACACCUUUAAAGAAAAUGGAUGGACGAUUUAUGACCCUGUGCUGGAACUCACGAGACUCGGUUUGCCAACAGAUUCUUGGGUCAUCACCAAAGUUAACGCAAAAUGUGCAUCGGAAGAGGAUUUGAUCGCAUCAGCAGCGUUUCGUUCGAGAGAACGUCUUCCGGUUUUGUCUUGGCUUCAUCCGGAAACACAGGCCUCAAUCACGCGAUGUUCCCAACCGAUGGUAGGCGUUAGUGCGAAAAGGAGCCGAGCUGAUGAAAAAUAUCUGCAAAUGAUCAUGGAUGCGAAUGCUCAGUCACAUAAAAUUUUUAUUAUGGACGCCAGACCCAGCGUGAAUGCUGUGGCAAACAAAGCUCGUGGCGGUGGAUACGAGAGUGAUGACGCGUAUCCGUUUGCGGAGCUGGUCUUUCUUGACAUACAUAACAUACACAUGAUGCGAGAGUCGUUGAGAAAAUUGAAGGAGCUCGUUUUUCCGUUGGUUGACGAGUCGAGGUGGUUGUCUGGGCUUGCAGCGACGUCUUGGUUGGAUCACGUUAGAUCAAUUCUCGCCGGUGCUGUGCGAAUCGCCGAUAAGGUGGAGAACCAAAGAACCUCCGUCGUUGUUCAUUGCUCUGAAGGAUGGGACAGAACCGCACAGUUGACCGCUCUGGCCAUGUUGAUGCUGGACCCUUAUUACCGAACCAUUCGUGGGUUUCAGGUGUUGAUUGAGAAGGAGUGGCUGAGUUUUGGGCACAAAUUUGAACAGAGGCUAGGAUACGGUGAAGACAGACACACGGAUGCGGAUCGUAGCCCCAUCUUCGUUCAGUUCAUGGAUUGCGUGUGGCAAAUUAUGCAGCAGUUUCCCCACGCCUUCGAAUUCAACGAAAAUUAUUUGAUUCAAAUCCUGGAUCAUGCUUAUUCGUGUCGGUUUGGAACCUUCUUGUUCAACAGUGAAAAAGAGCGGAAGGAGAAAGACGUUAAGCGCAAGACAAUAUCAUUGUGGACCUACUUGAAUUCUCGCUUGGACGAGUUUCUCUACCCCUUGUACAACAAGUAUGAAUCUCGGCCGUUGAUCAUCCUCCCAGCUGCCAAACUCCGGUCCAUGAAGUUGUGGAAGUCCUACUAUUGUCGCUGGAAUCUCCGCAUUUUUCGUCCGGAGCAAAUGUCUCUGAGAUCCAGAGAAAUUUUGGCAUGCAGAUCGCAGCUGGAGAAGAAGCUCGAGUUGCUGAUCGAAGAACUAAGAUGUAGGGAAGACCAGGACCAGGGAAAUGUACCCCAAGUCAUGGUUUGACGCUGGUAUUUUUUUAUGCUUCUGUGAUUAUUAAGAAUUAUGUAAACCAGCCAAGAAAUCAUCAUGUGAGACAUGGUGUCUCGAAAUGCGUGCAUACAUAUUUUCAUGUGUUCCUUGAAGCCGAAUGCUUAAGAAACGAUUUCAAAUUUUUGCAGAAAUGAAUAAUCUUUUUUUUUCUUCAACACACGGACC